AUGGAGAAGCCGCUCCUCGCUGCAGGAGGGAAGACCCGGAGCCCGGCCUCCCGCGCUACAUCCCUCCUGCUGUUGGCCCUGCUUCUCCUGAGGUGUUCAGAACGGGGUAGGAGAGUUAAUUUUGGUGAGAAGGAUGCAAAGGUUCCCAGGGCCUGGAGAGACGGAGUCAGGGGUCCUGGAGAAGAAACCUCUGGGGACUCAGACAGGCCCAAUCCUGAGCGAAGGUACGGAAUAGUAGGACUAAGCCAAGGCAUUUCUACUAAGCACCCGGAGACCAGCCCUAAAGACUCAAGAACAAGGGAAAAUUAUAUAACUGCAGAUGGAAGAACCGCUGAGGAUCACAUCACUGCAGACCCAGGGACCACUGAGGACCACAUCACUGCAGACCCAGGGACCGCUGAGGACCACAUCACUGCAGACCCAGGGACCGCUGAGGACCACAUCACUGCAGACCCAGGGACCGCUGAGGACCACAUCACUGCAGACCCAGGGACCGCUGAGGACCACAUCACUGCAGACCCAGGGACCGCUGAGGACCACAUCACUGCAGACCCAGGGACCACUGAGGACCACAUCACUGCAGACCCAGGGACCACUGAGGACUUAAUCACAGCAGACCCAGGGACCACAGAGGACUCCGUCACUGCAGACCCAGGGACCACCGAGGACUCCAUCACUGCAGACCCAGGGACCACGGAGGACUCCGUCACUGCAGACCCAGGGACCACGGAGGACUCAGUCACUGCAGACCCAGGGACCACAGAAGAUGAAAUCACAAAACAUGGUGACAUUCACCUUCUGUGA